GCCCAGGCUGGAGUGCAAGUGUGGCAUGAUCUCAGCUCACUGCAACCUCCGCCUCUGGGGUUCAAGUGAUUGUCCUGCCUCGGCCUCCCGAGUAGCUGGGAUUACAGGCCCAUGCCAUCACACCCAGCUAGUUUUUUAUAUUUUUGGGAGAGACAGGGUUUCACCAUUUUGGCAAGGUUGGUCUCAAACUCCUGACCUCGGGCCACAGUGUGAACAUAUGAAUAGAAGAAGAAAAUUUCUUCUUGCCUCAGUACUUGCUCUCCAGAAUUCAAGUUUUAUAUAUCCAUCAUGUCAGAAGUGCUUAUCGAGGUUAAUCGUAGUCUCCAAAAGGUCUAAUUGCCCAAAAUGUGGCUCCACUGGUGAAUCUGGAAAUGCCAAUUACAGAUACAAACUUUCCUUAAAAGUUGCAGAAUCAAACAAACCAGAAACACUGGACAAUGAUACAACUCAGGAUCUAUUAACUAAAGCAGUUGAAACUUGCUUUGUUGGACAAAGCUUUAUUUUUGGAGUGACGAAUUUUGAAAACCAGUCUGGACAAGGUUCAGAGGACAAUAACUACUUACAGCAAUGCUCUGUCUACAAAAGAAAACCCAAAGCACUAGUCGCUUGUCAGAUCGUUCUACCAGACCCAGACGUUGCAGGCUUUACUGUCUUUGACUACUUCUAUCAACUUUUGCAGACUUUUAAUUUCAGGAAACUUCAUUGUGACUCUCAGGCACCUAAUAGUAACUUACUUGCUUUAGAUCACUCAAGUAGUGAUCUCAGCAGCAUACAUACUCCUGACAGCACUUCUUAUUUUUUCAAGUCCUGCAGCAAGGAUACUUGUUCAAAAUUCUGGCCGCCAUCACUUGAAUUCAGUUCCAUUGUUUCACAGCUAACAGAUGAUGAUUUUUCAGCUUCAGAACAAGAUAAGGCCUUUGGUACUCUUCGCUAGAACAGAAAAUCCAUCUCCAUUGCAGAGGCCGCUUGUUUCAAUAGCUGCCAUGAUCCUAUUCAGGAUUCAUGGAGCCUUGUUUCAUAUAUGGAUAAAAAGAGUACAGCAGAAAAUUUGGGUCAAGAACUUGGCUUACAAGCUAAAGAGCUGAGUACAGUUCACAGCAGUCAUCAUGAAACUGGAGUUAAUGACUCUUUGAAAAUGCAAGAGCCCCUUGAGUCAAGUAAUGCAGAUUCCUUCCACAGUACAGUGGAAAUUAAAAACAGGUCGCAGCAUGAGCCACUAUGUUUCCAGCAUCAUGGUAUAGAUACCCCCACUAGCCUUCAAAAGAGAUCUGCAUGUUGUUCACCUUCGUUACUCAGACUUGAAGAGACAGCCAGCAGUUCCGAGGAUUGUGACCCUGAAAUAUGGGAUGAUCUACCAUUCUCUGAAAGCCUGAACAAGUUUCUGGCAGUUCUUGAAAGUGAGAUUGCUAUAACCCAGGCAGAUGUCAGUAGUAGGAAACAUCAUGUAGAUAAUGACAUCGAUAAAUUUCAUGCAGACCACAGCAUGUUAUCUGUGACUCCCCAGAGAACUACUGGAGCCCUGCAUACACCACCUAUAGUUUUAAGAUCAUCCCAAGCAAUAGUCAAAGCAAACUCUGGCAAAGAUAACUUUUUUUUCAACCUUAAAGUAAAUCUAAGUCCCAGUGUUGAAAAGGAGUCACAACCAGAUAACAAAGUAGAGGCUGUCUCUGUAAAUCAUAAUGGAAGAGGUAUGUCAGAAUAUUUUCUACCAAAACUGUCAGCUCUGUUUUCUUCUUCAGAAGAUUUAGAAUCAACAGUUACUCUUAAGACUAUAAGAAUCUCACCACACAGUGAUGAAAUUCUACUUAGGCCCAUUACUUCAGAGAGUGACCAUUCUAGUCUAAAUAAAUACUUGAAUGGACGUGGAGAAAAAUUACUUUCAGAAAUGAAUGAAAAGUUGACAACUCUGUGUUGUAGGAAGUAUAAUGAUGUGUCUGAUCUUUGCAAAUUAGAAAAUAAACAAUAUUAUAGGUGGCCAAAGAACCAAGAUGACAGUUUUACAAUUUGCAGGAAACUUACAUAUCCUUUAGAAUCUCUUUGCAGUAAUCCAAAUAGAAGUACAAAUACGUUGAAAGACAUCCCUUGUGGACAUAUCACUAACAACUUAACACAGAGCAAUUCAAUUGGCCGUCAAGGUAGCUAUGAUGCCUCUGCUGACCUCUUUGAUGAUAUUGCUAAAGAAAUGGACAUUGCAACAGAGAUUACCAAAAAAUCACAGGAUAGUUUGUUACAGUGGGGAAUGUCUUUGCCAGAAAGUCAUCCUUCAGAGUCUGAUUUUUCACUGCGGUCACUUUCUGAAGACUUCAUCCAGCCUUCACAGAAGUUAUCCUUGCAAAACCCAUCUGACUCUAGGCAUUCAAGAACAAGCUCUCCAACACCUCAUUUUCAAUCAGAUUCAGAAUAUAACUUUGAAAAUAGUCAAGACUUUGUUCCGUGUUCACAGUCAACUCCAAUUUCAGGGUUCCACCAAACUAGAAUUCAUGGGAUAAACAGAGCUUUCAAAAAAAUACCUGUAUUUUAUUCAGAUCUUGAUGCUAACUAUGAAAAAAUAAGGAUUAUUCCUGAAAAUGACAAACAGCAAGCCAGCCCAAGCUGUCCAAAAUAUAUAAAAACACCUAGCCAGAAAAUCAGAAGCCCUGUUAUAUCUGGUAUAUCACAAACAGAAGUUUUCAACCACCAUCCUUUAGCUAAGUGCCAUGAAACUGAUAGUGACGAAUGGGUCCCUCCUACCACACAAAAAAUAUUUCCUUCAGAUAUGCUUGGAUUCCAAGUCAUAGGUCUAGGGAAAUCCCUUGCUGCCCAUCAUUUUCCUGAUCAACAAGACUUAGCAAGAAAGAAACUGAAACAUAUUAGACAAGGAACCAAAAGAGGUUUAAUUAAGAAGAAAUUAAAGAAGGUGCUUGCAGCAAUAGUUACCAAAGAGAAUACUCCUAAAUAUAACUGUAAAAGUUCAAGCUGGAUUUCUAAAUGUCCAGACGUUCAAGUCUUAGAAACACCUCAGCUGCACCCUAUUCUUGGACUUAAUUCUUGUUCAGAAGUCAAAUGUUGCCUUCCAUUUUCAGAAAAAGGCUCACCUUCAGUGUGUGAAACUUAAAGUGCUUGGUCGCCUGAAUUGUUUUCAUAAAAAGUCACCUGAACCCAAUUCCUGAACUUUUAGAUCUGUUUGGAAAUGUUUGCCUUUGGUGGUAUGGAAAGCAUUCUUUACAUUUUGAAAACUUGGAGAGAAACAAAUUGAAAAGGGGACUGUGCUGAGUGCUACUGUGCCUUUUAAAAUAUAAUGCCAUUAUUUUCCCCAGGGUUUUAUCUAGUAUACUAUAAUUACAUAAUUGAGUGCUUUAUUUUAUACUGUUUAUUGUACUUUAAUAAUAUUAAGAUUGUUUUUUGAAAGUAUUAAUAUUUGUUAAAAUCACAUAUACAUCCAGAAAUAAAGCCAUUGCAAA